AGUUGUAACAAAUGCACUGGUUUGCGAGUCACAACAUGUAGAUACAAAGAGAAAUAUAGAAGAACUACACACAGGGCUUGUGGAUUCUUGUGGAGAAAACGAUGCAAAACUGGAACAACUUAUUUCUGGAAAUACAAGUCGAGAAGAUGUAAUAAAAGAUGUAGAGUAAACGGAAGCUGGUCCACUUGGAGUACAUGGGGAAGAUGGGGGGUUUGCCAAGAAACAUCCUGUUGAGGACAACAGAAAAGAUUAAGAACAAGGGCAUGUACAGACCCAAAACCAAGAAACGGCGGCCGUCGCUGUCGAGGCUCUAGCUUUCAAUUGAUGUCCAGGUCAUGCAAGCCUGUUUAUUCUAAAGUAAAUGGCAACUGGGGCUCUUGGGGACAGUGGAAAGCAUAUGGCGCAUGCUCAGGAACAUGUGGAGAGGGGCGAAGACUCUUGAUACGGGAGAGAACUUGUAAUCGCCCGACUCCUAAAUGUGGUGGAAGAAGGUGUUUGGGUCCAAGCAUACAGAUCAAAUACAAGUCAUGUGUCAAUAACAAAAAGUGUAAAGAGGACGGCGUGUGGGGGACGUGGCAAACUUGGGGAGACUUUACGACCUGCAGUAAAACCUGUGGAACCGGAACGAAGGCCAGACACCGAGUCCGGUACUGUGACAAUCCAUCACCGGCUAACGGAGGAGCCAAUUGUCAGGGCAACAAGCGGGAGAGAGACAAGAGCAUGUGGGAUGGUAAAUGGAGUGCUUGGGGUCAAUGGGGUCACUUUCGGCACUGCUCAGAGACGUGCGGACACGGUGUGAGGUAUCGGUACCGCUACAGAGAGUGUAACAACCCGGAACCGGAAAACGGCGGGAAAAAAUGUCCAGGUUCACUCAAAGACGAAGAGUUCAAAAGAUGUUUUCUACAAAAAUGUCCAAAAAUGCGCAUGAAACUGCCAUCUAAAACCAGUAAUAUAAAACCAAAUGAGAACUCAAUAAAGAACGCGACAUCUCCUGUCAUCACUGGCGACUCAGUUAGCCAAAGAAACCAAACCAGCGAAUGAAGAGGUGCUGGAACGCAUUUGGCAGAGACUCCUAGCAAAGAGCGGCACCGUUUAAUUGUGAAUGUAUUCAAUAAAUUGUUGAAGUGUAUUAAUAGUUCCGAGCUCGAGAUGUCUUUUGAUAUUUCCAUUUUCUGUCGGCAAGUUUAUGCUAGGCCAUCUCCCUUACACUGUACAAAAUAAAUGACUACCGUCAAGAGAAAAGGGUCUUUAAGGUGACAAUUUCACAAACUCACUUUGAAGUCAAAUUUGUCCUUCUUUUUAGCCAAAUGAAAAGUCAAAGGUCUACGCUAACAUUAUUU